AUGAGGAUUGCUUGGCGGUAUGAGGCGCUCAGCAACGUGUCCGCUCCUGCCACGGAUGCUCAGGCCGGGCCAGCUUCACCCGACGAUGCCGAACCAUUCUGCCACUCGUUCGACCUCACCAAGCGCCUGGAGUCGAGCGCCAUUCGAGGCCAGCUUCACAGCCUCCACGGUAGGGACUUCCAAGGCCAUCUAGCGGCACCGCCGUUCAAACCCUUCCUCGAUGAUGUGGCCGCCAAGCUUGCGAGCUCGCCGCCACUGUCCGUCCACAGGAUACUGGUUCCAAAUCUCCUGUCGCCCACGGUGUAUGGCUCAGCAGCUUGCCAGCCGCACGAGGUGCUUCAAUUCCUGCAUGGCCUCCGAAGUAUACUGCGCCAGUUCCCCGCCAAAGCCACGGCCUUGGCAACGCUGCCCGUGUCGCUUUACCCUCGCACGACUGGCCUCACGAGAUGGAUGGAGCUGUUGUCCGACGGCGUCAUCGAGCUUGUCUCUCUCCCGCGCCAUGCAACAACAAACCACGGGUCCGACCGUGAUGGCAACUUUCAGGGCUUGCUGCGGGUCCACAGCUUGCCGGUAUUUCACGAGAGGGGCGGCGGGCUGGCAAACAGCUGCCUCAGAGAAGACAGGUCUUUCAAACUAAGCGCGUCAAACGGCAUGGUCAUCAUGCCCUUUAGCCUGCCUCCUGUAGGAGAUCAAGACUCACAACCCUCUGAAGCACCAGAGUCCAAAGUCCCGAAGCAGUCGCUCGAUUUUUAG